AUGCCGCUCUGGCGAGCACUGCGCGGGUGCUAUCCGUCCGACGAGGCAGCUCUGACUGCGCUGACCGCCAACAAGGGUAUUGUUACGCCAUGGGUUGUCUCUCCGUCCACCAUCACCAGCAACAACGCGCUGUUGCGAGGGAUGCUGGGCAAGCAGCGAGCGCUCAAUGUCAUCACGAAGAAUCCCGGCGUACUUGCGUGCGAUCCAGAGCGCCUCGCAAUCUCGAGUCCGCAGGAGAUAGAGGCCGUCGCGAGCGCCACUUCGGCCGUCGGCAGAGCGUCGACGCCACUCGCCUUUGCCGCGCUCGCGCUUUUCACGCUCGCGCUGCUGCCUUCUGCCGGCGUCAUGGACGCCGAGCUGGCCGGCUCAAUUGUCCGCCCGGCGAGCGGCGCGAUAGGCGCCACGGCCUUUUUCGCGGCGUUGGCGGGAGCGACAGCAGCACAAAGGCGGUCGUAG